AUGGGAAGAAUCGAUUUGAAAAAACUGAUCCCAGGAUUUGAACAUCUUGAAUUAGAGCCAACAGAACACACACAACCAACACAACAAUCAUCAAAGUACGAAGAUGAUCGAUUCUAUUAUGCCCAACCAUCAUUCGAAAAGAAUAUUUCACAUGAUAUUGUAUUCCUCUUAUCACCUACUUCAAAUGAUAAUAUAAUAAUAUUAAAUAAUUAUAAUAACAAUUAUAAUCAAAAUUAUAUACGUUAUAAUAUAAAUGAUAAUGGCGAUACCUUUAUCAAUAUAAAUGAUUAUAUCUCUAUAAAUGUGUAUGAAGAAGAGGAAGUUAGGAUAUAUUCACAUAAAACAAUGUUGGUAAAUGGUUCAGACUACUUUAAAAUGUUACUCAAAGAUGUUUCUCUAGACAUAACUGAAAUAGAGAUUGUCAUUCCCAACGUGUCAAUGUACUUUUUCCUCAUCCUAAAGAGUGAUGGUGUAUAUUUGAAAGAGAUAGAGAUAUUCAAUUCGGUUUUGCUGUGGAUUCGUGCCAAUGUCAAAGGUGUCACAAUUGAGAGAAUUGUUGGUGGUGUUAGAGGUAAUUCAGAGAAUAACAAAAAUAACAACAAUGGAAAGAUUUUAGCAAAAUUAGAAGAGAUUUUCCAAUUGAUUCGUUUUCCACUAAUGAGUUACGAGGAGUUAGUUUCUGAUGUCGAACCAUAUCAAAUUAUACCAGACCGAUUGCUAUUGGAAGCUUAUCGAUACAAGUCAGUGCUUGCACACUCAAAAUUACCUCAAACCUCUAUCAUUAUCAGCAAGCAUCGAUUGCAAAACAGUAACAUCACAACUCAUACAAUUCAAUAA